CCGCGGGCCCUUCCGCCUUUGCCUCAUUCUAUAUGGGCCACCUGCUCUCGAAGGAGGCAAGCAGCCUGAGCCGGGACCGCCGCUGCCGCCGGGGGAGGAAGGUGCCGCCGCGCAGCCGGAGCUGCUUCCUGCGCGGGCCCUGCAUGCUCUGCUUCAUCGUGCACAGCGCCAGCCCGCCCGCCCCGGAGCAGCCCCUGCCCGCCGGGGACCCGCUGCUGCCACCGCCGCCCUACGCGGCCCUCGCCACCGCGGAGCAGCGCGCCGCCCGCCGCCUCCUCCGCCUGCCGCCCGCCGCCUGGGAGCCGCGGGGCCGCUGCCAGCGCCUCCUGCUUUCGGGCCUGCUGCCCUCGCCCGUGCGGGGCCUCCUGGGGCCGGCCAGGCUGCCCGGCGAGGUCGCCUCCGAGAUGGUGUGCAAGCGCAAGGGGGCCGGCCUGCCCGCCUGCCCGCCCUGCAAGCAGCCGCGCUGCGCGGCCGCCGCCGCGGCAGAGCCAGAGGCCGCUGCCUGCCAGUGCCCGGGGGAGGCGCAGCUCUGCGCCCUGCCCGCCGCCGACGGCUGCGCGGCGGGCGGUGGGGGCGCGCCGGCCCGGGGUGCCGCCGGGGAGAGCGGCGGCGGGGUGCAGCCCGCUUCGCCGCCGCGCCCCGCGCCGGAGGAGGAGGAGGAGGGGAAGAAAGAGAAGGAGAGGGGCGGCGAGGCGGGCUGCGAGGAGCCGCUGGAGCAGCCCGGCGCCUGCUGCCGAGAGCCGCUGCCGCCGCCGGCCCCGGACAUUAACCAGCUGCCGCCCUCCAUCCUACUCAAGAUAUUUUCCAAUUUAUCCCUGAAUGAGCGUUGCCUUUCAGCGUCAUUAGUCUGUAAAUACUGGCGUGACCUCUGUUUAGAUUUUCAAUUUUGGAAGCAACUGGAUCUCAGUAGUCGUCAACAGGUCACUGAUGAGCUGUUGGAAAAGAUAGCAUCAAGAAGCCAGAAUAUUACUGAAAUUAAUAUUUCUGAUUGUCGCAAUGUGUCUGAUACAGGAGUAUGCAUAUUAGCAAUUAAAUGUCCUGGACUCCUAAGGUAUACUGCCUACAGGUGUAAACAGCUUUCUGACACCUCUAUUAUUGCAGUUGCCUCUCAGUGUCCUCUUCUUCAGAAAGUGCAUGUAGGCAAUCAAGACAGACUCACUGAUGAAGGCCUAAAGCAGCUGGGUUCAAAAUGCAGAGAACUGAAAGACAUUCAUUUUGGGCAAUGUUACAAGAUCUCAGAUGAAGGAAUGAUCAUUAUAGCUAAAGGCUGUCUGAAGUUGCAAAGAAUAUACAUGCAAGAAAACAAAUUAGUGACAGAUCAGUCAGUGAAGGCUUUUGCUGAACAUUGUCCUGAGCUGCAGUAUGUUGGUUUUAUGGGCUGCUCUGUUACGUCAAAAGGAGUCAUUCACCUCACCAAUCUAAGAAAUCUUUCCAGCUUGGAUCUACGUCAUAUCACAGAACUGGACAAUGAAACCGUGAUGGAAAUAGUAAAGAGAUGCAAAAACCUUAAUUCCCUCAAUCUGUGUCUGAACUGGAUCAUUAAUGACAGAUGUGUGGAGGUGAUUGCCAAAGAAGGCCGGAACCUGAAAGAGCUGUAUUUAGUAUCCUGUAAGAUCACUGACUAUGCUUUGAUAGCCAUUGGACGAUACAGCAUGACAAUAGAGACAGUGGAUGUUGGAUGGUGCAAAGAAAUCACAGACCAUGGAGCCACCCAAAUUGCACAAAGCAGCAAGUCUCUCAGAUAUUUAGGGCUGAUGAGAUGCGAUCAGGUGAAUGAAGCCACAGUGGAGCAGCUAGUGCAGCAGUAUCCACAUAUAACCUUCAGUACUGUACUACAGGAUUGCAAGAGGACGUUGGAACGGGCUUAUCAAAUGGGCUGGACACCCAAUAUGUCUACUGCCUCUUAACCUCCUAUACCAACAUGACAGUUCCACUCUGCUGCAUUUAGUAGAUUAAUGGGGAUUGCAGAGGGUUCACAACCUUUUGUAUGAUGCAAUAUAAUUGUGAGUUUACAGAGGUUACAGUAAAAUGGCAAAAGCUGUACGCUGAUUGUAAUGUGCUGUACAACUAAGUACUAAUAUUGAAGCAAAACUUUAGAAAUGCAUUGUGUUUUUGUUUGCAUAAAAGAUAUAAAAGCCUUUGGCAGAUUUCUUGAAGUGGAUUCUUACUAGUUCUCUGGAUAGUUUGAGUUAUAGAAGAUGUUAAGCUUGUUUUCCACUGUUUACUUUACUUUGCCUUGGUCAUGUGUGUUUCCUUUGAUUUGUAAAUGGUAACUCAGUGCUAGCACCAGUGCAGUUGAUCAGCAGAGGCCUGUGUUGAAACUGGGAGCUAAACUUGAUGCUUAUUAUUUACUAAAGCAACCCCAGGAAUUCUAAGAUGCACAGUAAUAAGAAAAUCUACAAAGAAUUGUGAUUUUCCUAUAAACAUUUUGAUGAUUAUACAAAUCCAUUAUUUUAAACAGAAAUCUGAGUAGUAAAUGAUGAUAAUAACAGAACGGAUAUUUAACGGGCAAUCUUACUUCUUUCUGUUGCUCAACAGAAUUGAUAUCUUCUUUCGUUUUGUUUAAAAUAGGAGAUGCUGUAGAGAUUUCCAAAUCUUUCUACCUUGCCAUUUUUAUAAUAAUUAACAGUGCUUAACCUAACACUGAUAACCAGUUCCCACUUCAUAAAGUCAAACAGUAAUUGAAUACACCAACUAUCAGAAAUAAGUUAACAGACAGUGUUUAAAUAUCUGAUUGAAAAAAUUACUUCCUUUUUAAGUGAACUUGUCUCCUCUGACUAUGCUGUUAUGUUGCUGAAUUGGUAAAUUCAGAUGAAUGGGUAUAAGCCAAUAACAGGAUUCCUCUCAUUUCCUGUGUGGUUGUUAUUUUACAACAGAUCUUACAAUGCAAAGAGUUCUUACCUCGAGAAGGCCAUCUAAACAUGAGUCCCAUCAUGGGUAUAAUUUUGUAGCAUCAGAUGCUUCGUAGUACAGUGUAUGCAAGAAAAUACCCAGAGUAAAUACGUAAAACAAUUAAUUUUCUGUGUGUCACAUUGCAUUCUAAGGAGUUAAAUUUGACCAGGGGAUAGUGAAAAUACAGACUUUGCAGCUUCAAUUUGAAGUUGCAUUAACCUUUAGGGUACUACCAUUUGGUUAAGAAUGUUUUCAGGUGUGCAACACUGGAUAUUUGUUUUUCAAAGGUUAGAGCAUUUUAAUCCAAAGUAUGAAAUGCUUAAGCUUCAGCUGAAGAGUUGCCAUUAUUGUCAAAAUGUUUUGCUAAUCCGGAAGGUCUAAUGCAGCAUAACCUAGAAGCUUGUUUAGUAUGGCUGUAUAACUCUCUGUAAAACUGUUUGUUGAUUUCCAUAGCAUAAUUUUUUACAACAGAAACAUCAGCUCACAGUAAUUCCAGUGAGGGUGUUGAAUGUUUUCUUAUUAGACUUUUCAAAAUGGGGAUGAACUAAUUUCUCUGGAAAAAAUAUAUGGUAAAGUUUUUGCUUUAAAUAAAUGGUAAAUACAUGUGAACAUGUGUAAUGCUAGGCUUUUUAUUUACUCCAAAAUGGCAACAAUAUUUUCAGAAUAAAGCCAAUGGAUUAUAUUGCAGAUAUAGUACAGAAUCUUAGUCAUUUUUCAUUUAAUGCCUUUUUAUGAGUGCAUUAAAACUGUUCACACAAUUUGUAAGUUUCUAUUUUUUCGUGAAACCUUUGAUCUUGCAAUGGGUUUUAAUAAAAGGAAUAAAGAUG